AUGGUUUAUUCGCUCAAAAAAGUUACAAGCGCCUUGCUUGGAUGUCAUGCGCGUGGUUUAUUCGGAGACUGGAAGGAUAUGCAGGUCCGGGCUUUGCUGUCGGAGCAUAGACGUCAAUUCAAAAAAAGAACAGGAAAAAAGAAGAGAAAAAAAGAAAGGGGAUUCGCAAGCAGUAGUGGCCGUCUUGACGUUUAUAGUGAAGAUCAGCACAUCAACUUACGAUGGCCCUGGUCGGAUUUGAAACGCUUUGGAUAUGUCAACGGAGCUAUGGUGCCGAAUUCUUCUAGCGUUGAGACCCACUGGGUACGGAGUAUAUUGGUUGGUCAAUGCAGGCCGGUUGAAGCAAAUGUCAAGAGUUUGACGUGCAGAAAGUGUAUGCUGUAUGCAUAA